UGCAAGAGUGACAUCCAUUAUACAAUCAGUCAAAUGGUACUACAAAGCAUGCAAGCAUUGUGGAAAAGGAUACAACAACAUGUCAGAUACCCAGACAUGUGCCUGCCAAAUAGCAAUUCCAUGCCCAUCGUACAAACUUCCCCUUACACUAACAGAUGCCUCGGGAAGUUUGGAUGCAGUUGCUUUCUCUAGAGUAGCUGAAGACUUAGUGCAACAUCGUGCUGACCAAGUUUCUAUGAACAUGAAGAUCGAUGCUACCGAUCAUGCAAAUGCCCUAGAUAAUGCCAUUGGUAAAGAAAGGUUAUUCUACAUAGGAAUGAAUACUGAUUUGGCUGCCAAGUACCCUAUAAAAUAUGUCCUAAAGAAAAGUUUCUCUGUCGACAAUAAUAAUUCAGUACCUCUAUUACCACCAGCAAAGACAGCCCAACAGACAAACCUACUGCCCCCUCCAACUUCAUCCAACAUAAGUGCUCAAAGUCCAAUUGGACAAAACACCGAGGCCUCCUCUGAGAAUACACCUCCAAUUGGUAAUCAAACACAUACCAAGAUAAAAGAAAAUGAAUCCAAAUCUGGAGCAAAAAGAAGAAUAGACUUUACAGAGGAUGAUGCUAACAAAUCUAUCAGAUCAGAGGAACAUGAACAUGGUCCUUCCAAAGAAUGCAAGAAAGAGUAUGUAUUACUUCCCACAAUCUAUAUAAAAUAA